UGGAAUGCAAGCCUUGAGAAAGAUCUUGUGGACUUGCUUCAUGAGCAUGAUACACCUGAACAUAAGGGUCAAAAUGGAUGGAGCUCAGAAGCAUGGAAUACGAUAGUGAAGAAAUUCCACCAAAAGAAUCCUUAUGCUAGGUACGAGAAGAAGAAAAUCCAAGAAAAGGAAAAAGAGUUGAAAAAAGAAUACAAGAUGAUCAAAGAGAUAAGGAAGCAAAGCGGCUAUUCAUGGGACGACCGGCAGUGCAGGAUUCUAGCGGAUCCACCACUUUGGAAAAACAUCAUCAUAUCACACCCUAAAGCUGGAAAGUUCAAGACAAAAGCCUUCCCUCUUUUUGAAGCUUUGGGAGAAUUGCAUGAUGGCCAAACUGCAGAAGGGACAUAUAACUUCACCUCUAUCGAGUCAUCACAUUGCUCAACCCAAUCACAUCUCGAGAAUCUUGGAGGAGCUAGCAAGAAUCAAGGAGAAACAUCAGCUGAUGGUGAGAAUCUUGGAGGAGAAAGGGUGCAGAUUGAUGAAGAUGUUGAGGAGGUUUACAUGCAAGAAAACAUUGUUGUGGAGCCCCAGCAAACUCAACCAAAUUUGGCUACUGCACCCUCAAGAAAUGGAGAAGAGAAAGAACCAAAGAGAAGGAGGGGGCGAAUGGUGAUGUGGCUGCAAUGAUGGAGAAGUACAUGGAAAUAAGGACGAAGCAGGUGGAGGAUGAGAGGAAUAAGCCAAGGGUCGUGGAUGAGUACUCUAUCAAAAACUGCAUUGAUCUGCUGAAAACAAUGGAGAUCACACUUGAAGAAGAAGUCAAGGCUUUCCGAGUCUUCAAGAUCCCUGAGAACCGAGAGAUUUUCAUGAGUGCCAGACCAGAGACUGCUCUUAUGUGGCUGAGAGCUGAAAUGGAAUAACUCAGGAGUUCUACAUAAGAAUGCUCCAGAAGAAGAGCGAAGGUGCCGCGACUUGGAUCU